UUCUGGUUUAUUUCAUGCCAAGUUCCUUCUCAGCCUGUUUCGAUACAUACAGUAGCACUCUGGGUUAAUGUCUUCCCUGAAACAGAAAUUUCUAUAACCAGUUUCUCAGUGAGCUGAUAAUGCUACCUACAGCAUUCUACUUGGACUGUUUUUCUUCUGAGUACUUUACCUAAUAUUGCCUCACCCCAAAGCUUACUGGAAAUUUCUAUAUUCACUAGUACAAACAUUUUGGGAAUCAUAUAAUCAAAGAAUGUUUUAUAUCCUGGGACAGCCAUUUUGAAAUCCUCUAGUUCCAACUUCUUACAGUCCAAACUACAGAUGAGGAAACUGGCUCUUAAAAAGAUUAAAUAACUCUUCCAAAGUCACAAAGAUAGGACCAUGAUUCUUCUUCUAAUAAACUGAAUUAUAUCCCUAAAAUCCCUUUUCUGCACUUCACUCUUAUUAAGGAACCAAUUUACUAUCCAAAACAGUAUCCUGUAACAGUAUAAAUGCACUUUCCCACUCACACCAAAGGUCCCUUGAGUUCUCCUCUUCACCAGCCAUCAGGAGCCUGUCCCAGAAGAUUGUUCCUGAUUGGCGAGAGUCAGCGGUAACAGUAGAAUGCCAAGGAGAAACCAGAAACGCAGAGUGACAACUCAGUUUGCUGUUCAGUACUCUCAGGGGAGGCCAACCUGGACUUCAUCCCAAAUGAGGUGGCCUCUGCAUUUUGUACGGAAGCUCUGAUUUUCCAUUCAGCUGUGAUCCACCUCAUGACAUGGCAAUCCACUACAGACAGGAAGAUAAAACUGAACAAGACACCAAAAAUAAAGUGUAUUCCCAGGUAAAACAGACAAAUGCUUUGAUUUGCAAUGGAUGAGUCUGAGGAACUUCAGUUUGAAGGCAGCAAGAAGGAACGAGUGCACAAGAACUGUGGGCAGCGCCACCUGUCCCUAAUAGCGGCAGCUGCUGCCGUGGGGGACAUGACCCUCUGAAGCCUGUGAACUCAGUCAGAGAGGACUUGCAAACAACCCUCAUCAUUAACCCCAUGCUCCCACACAGGCGUGGAGGACGGCUGUGCCCCAUGGCUACGGAGGGUCCUGGUCUCCUAAGAGAGUAUUCACAUGGCAGCACUGGUACUCUGGUGUCCUACCGUGAGGCGGUGUGGGGAGCUUGCCUUUGAUGAGGACUGCAUUUUUCUGGAGAAAAAGAUUCCUACAUCUUAUAUUGCAUUCUUGUUCACAGAAUACGCAUUGUGGAGACAGGAUGAAGCUGACCAGUGAAAAGUUGCCCCCAGGCCCCUGUAAUACCUCUCUAUCCCAGUAUGCUGCUAAGAACGAGAAAUAUUUCCAAUGGCGAAAGGAAAAGACUGAUCAUUACAGCCAUUCUAAGUUGGUGGAUAAGGCACUGCAGCUCUUGAAUGAAAGAAUUAGAAGAGGGGAUGCUAUGGCAUGUUUUCUACGAGGUCAACUGUAUUUUGAAGAGGGAUGGUAUGAAGGAGCAUUAGAACAGUUUGAAGAAAUCAAGGAAAACGAUCUUCAAGCAACUUACCAGCUAGGAGUAAUGUAUUAUGAUGGCCUAGGGACAGCUACAGAUGCUGAAAAAGGAGUGGACUAUAUGAAGAAAAUCAUUGAUUCUCCAUGUCCCAGAGUGAGACACUUACAAUUUGCAGCUGCUUACAACCUUGGAAGAGCUUAUUAUGAAGGUCAAGGCGUCAAACGAUCGAAUGAGGAAGCUGAAAGACUAUGGCUCUUUGCUGCAGACAAUGGAAAUCCAAAAGCUAGUGUGAAGGCUCAGAGUAUCCUAGGAUUGUAUUAUUCAACAAAGGAGCCUAGAGACUUAGAAAAGGCAUUUUAUUGGCACUCAGAAGCAUGUGGCAAUGGAAACCUGGAGUCGCAGGGUGCUCUUGGGCUCAUGUACUUUCACGGACAGGGCAUCCACCAGGACACUGAAGCAGCCCUGCAGUGCUUAAGGGAAGCAGCAGAACGCGGAAAUGUCUAUGCUCAAGGGACUCUCGUGGAGUAUUACUAUAAAAUGAAAUUUUUUACAAAGUGUGCUGCAUUUUCCAAAAGGAUUGCUGACUACGAUGAGGCUCACGACAUCCCCAUGAUCGCCCGGGUCACCGACUGUCUCCCAGAAUUCAUCAAUAAAGGCAUGGCCAUGGCAUCUUUUUACCAUGCACGGUGUCUUCAGCUUGGCUUGGGUAUCACAAAGGAUGAAGUCACAGCGAAACACUAUUAUUCUAAGGCUUGUCGUCUGAAUCCUACAUUGGCAGAUGAACUUCACUCUUUACUUAUUCUUCAAAGAAUUUAGACCAUAAUUUCAGCAGAGGUCAUCAAUUCCAACACAUUAGCACGUGGGUAU